AUGUGGAGUUUCUUUCUGAUUGUUGCAUGUGGGGAAGGGCAGAGUCGACGGGAACAGUCACUGCGGGCACCCUAGCCCUGGUGCGUCUACUGUCCUCUGCUCGGCUCCCCCCAUCGAUCUCGCGAGAGUGGCUGACUGGCUGUGGGGGUUGCGGCGGCAGCAGGCGGAGCCGGGGAGGGAAAGCAGCGGCGGCUGAGGCGACUGAGGCGGCGGGCGGAGCGGCAGGCGGCGGCGGCGCGGCAGCGGAGCGCAGCAUCAUGGCGGACCGAGACAGCGGCAGCGAGCGCGGGGGCGGCGGCGGCAGUGGUGGCGGCGGCGGCGGGGCCCCAGGGGGGCUGCAGCACGAGACGCAGGAGCUGGCCUCCAAGCGGGUGGACAUCCAGAACAAGCGCUUCUACCUGGACGUGAAGCAGAACGCCAAGGGCCGCUUCCUGAAGAUCGCCGAGGUGGGCGCGGGCGGCAACAAGAGCCGCCUUACUCUCUCCAUGUCAGUGGCCGUGGAGUUCCGCGACUACCUGGGCGACUUCAUCGAGCACUACGCGCAGCUGGGCCCCAGCCAGCCGCCGGACCUGGCCCAGGCGCAGGACGAGCCGCGCCGGGCGCUCAAGAGCGAGUUCCUGGUGCGCGAGAACCGCAAGUACUACAUGGAUCUCAAGGAGAACCAGCGCGGCCGCUUCCUGCGCAUCCGCCAGACGGUCAACCGGGGGCCUGGCCUGGGCUCCACGCAGGGCCAGACCAUUGCGCUGCCCGCGCAGGGGCUCAUCGAGUUCCGUGACGCUCUGGCCAAGCUCAUCGACGACUACGGAGUGGAGGAGGAGCCGGCCGAGCUGCCCGAGGGCACCUCCUUGACUGUGGACAACAAGCGCUUCUUCUUCGAUGUGGGCUCCAACAAGUACGGCGUGUUUAUGCGAGUGAGCGAGGUGAAGCCCACCUACCGCAACUCCAUCACCGUGCCCUACAAGGUGUGGGCCAAGUUCGGACACACCUUCUGCAAGUACUCGGAGGAGAUGAAGAAGAUUCAAGAGAAGCAGAGGGAGAAGCGGGCUGCCUGUGAGCAGCUCCACCAGCAGCAACAGCAGCAGCAGGAGGAGACCGCCGCUGCCACCCUGCUACUGCAGGGUGAGGAAGAAGGGGAAGAAGAUUGAUCAAACUGAAUGAAACCCCCCCACACACACAUGCAUACACACACACACACAGCCACACACACAGAAAAUAUACUGUAAAGAAAGAGAGAAAAUAAAAAGUUAAAAAGUUAAAAAAAAAAAAAACCUGUUAACUCCAAGGGAGCACCACCCACAGAACCUCCACCAACUGACAGUUUCUCUUCUUGACUUGCCACCCAUCGCUGGAUGUUGUCCACUUUAUCCACCAUAUAAAACAGUAAGCAGCUGCUAAAAACAAAAAAAAAUACAAAAAGUAAUAACAUUAUAUGAACUGUGUUUCCUACUUGAUUAAAAAAUAUAAAGAACUGAGUGUUUAUUUCCCUAAUUAACCAAGAACUUUUGUACACGUUUAAGCUAUUAUUAUUAAAAAGUGUUUGCAAAAUGGUCAAGAUUAUAAUAUUGCUGAAUUAUAUAAAAGUCCUUUUCAUGUUGAGCUAACAUUUGACUUUAGCACAAAAAAGAGAUAUUUUAGAACACGUAAAAUAAUAUUUUUAGUUUUUCUCAUUUUGUUACCAAAUUUCAAACCUUACAUGGAGGUUAUUAUAGUAUAUUUGCCACCCUAUAUACCUGUGAUUAGAGAUGUGUAUAUAUAUGAGGGCUAGGCAUGCUGUGUGUCUGAGCUUUGUCUAAAUGUUAUGCAGAAGUUUGUAGAGUUAAAGGUACGUAGGUUUAAUUCAUGCAAGGUAAACAAUAAGUGCUCUCUUUUAUACAAUAUGCAUUGCAUCUGGACCUUAAACAUAUAAAAAUGGUCAGUGAAACUUCUGUGAACAUGAAGAAAUUAUUAAAAAAGGCAUUUAAAUGAAAUUUGCUAAGUUGUGAUUUUUAUGGUUGGAACCAAAGUUAUUCAAAUAGUAAAAGGAAAAAGAAAGAAAAAGGAGAUCUCCCAUAAUAUUUUUCUGCAUCUGUUUGCUUUGACUGAGUAGGCGUUUUGUCAUUAUUGUGUAUAUGAGAUGUACUUGUAUCGUUCAUAAUAUAUUUUUUUUAUUAUGUGUAGAAAGAUUUUAAAAACUUAACUAACGUGCAGCAAUUUCCAGUGAACCUGUACUUGGACAUCAGGUAGUGAGUCUAUUUGUGGUCACUAGCACUGUCUCCUAAACUUGUAAGAGGUCUGAAGCUAUUCUUUGAUUUUUGCUAGUGCUAUUAACUUAUGUAGACCUGUUAAAAAGCAGAGCAACACAAUUAUAGUUAUCCUACUGAGCCAUGGAUUCUGAGUUUUGUUUUAAAAGUGAAAGCCAAGUUGGUGUAUGUAAAGGAUUUCCAUGUAGCUGUGGUGCUAGUUAUUACUGGCUACAUUAUAUGCUAAGUGUAUUUGUGUUCCCCAAGUGUACAAGCCUUCUAUCAAAAGUAUGUUCUAUAACUCAUAUAUUCAAGGUGUAGGGUAUGAAAAUGCAAAGUUUAGGAGAGCACUUUACCAAGCUGGUGUCCUCCAAACUGAAAUUGUUUGUAACGAUAGUCUUUUACAGGUUUUCAUUUAAAGAUGUUUGUGUGCUUUUAAUUGACAACUAACUUCUUGCUGCUGUAUAGUAAAAUAUUAAUAUAUUUUUAUCAUUAAACUGCUGCAUGACUAUCAUCUUUGAGUGAAGAGAAAAUGUUAUAAAAAAGAUGCCUUAAACAGUACAUUUUGGUUUGGAAUUCUGUAGAAAGUAUUUUGGUAAAAAAAAAAAAAAAAAAAAAGGGUCUUGUCUGACAGAGAGUUCUGGGGAUGAAAUUGUUUCUUGGCAAAUCCAGCCAUAUAGAUCUAACUGCUGUAUGUAUAAGACACCACCUGUAGGAGCGGGACGGUAUCAGUGCUUCUUAUAUUGUAAAGCAUUGGCCUAGGAAGGCAAACAGUUGUCUUUUUGAAGGAUUUUUUUCUGCUGGUCCUUUGGGUUUUGAUUUGAUAUUUUUAUGCUCCCUGGUUGAGUGUGUUGUCUUCGUUUUCGAGAUCUACUGUAUGUGUUGAAUAACAAGCUAUUUUCAUUGUACUGUGCAUUUUCCCAUUAAAUUGUUUGCUUUUAAUAUUCAUACAAUGUUAAAUAUGAGGUGACCGUACAGUAGUUAGGAGUUUCUUUACUUACAAAAUCACUGGAAAUGAUUAAAUUGCUUUUCCCCCUCCCCAGAGGUGCAUUUUUCUUAUUUCCAUAUAGUAAAGUUGAGCUUUUACAGUGCAUAAUGUGACAUUUGGAAUGCUUAUCAACUGCAUGUAAACAUUAAUAACCUGCACUUUUUUGUCUUAAGGUUUGUUGAGCUGUUUUGUUCACUGUACUUUAACUGUGAUAUGGAAAAGACUGCAUUCUCUGUGCUGUUACUAAUUAGGAAAGAGAAUUGCUUUGAUUUUGUCUCUUGUUUACUAUAGCUUCUUAAAGUUAAGCCUUGUACUACAGGUUGUUGGAGUACUCCUAGAUCACUGUUUCAUAGUAGCCAGCAAUAAGUAGUGCAAGUCAACAAAAACACAGCAAACUUAGGCAAAGUGUCCUUUCUUUGAGAUGCGAGUUCUUUCAUGAGGUUUUCUUUAGGGCCAGAGUUACCUAAAGUGAAGCCUUUCUUACCUAUAGACUUCAGAUUCUGCUUGGAAUCCCACCGGUUCAAGAAGCACAUGUAUUGUGCAGUUGUCUUUACACUAAAACAGUUUAAUACAAUCUAACUACGAUUUUGAAACCAUUGUCUGAUUUAUGGUCAGUGGGUUUAAAAAGAAAUCCACAUGCAGAUCUUUUAAGACUUAAAAAGUGAUCGUAGAAAAGACUAAGUGACUGUAAAGAUGCUCUUUUUUUAAGCAUCUCACUUUACCUCCCCAAGCACCCUCCCAAACCUUGUCUUACCUCUUCUGUUGCAUCCUUUCCCUACCCUUCCCUCCCAGGUGCUCGGUACUUUACCAAGGUUCUAUAUAUCAGUGUUUUAUGUUGGAAUUUUUCCUUGUUUUUAUUUUACUAGUUGGUAAACCCUGUUUAUGCUGAAACAAAUAAGGAAAUGGUAUAUUUGACCAUAUGUGUUAUUCAUAGAAGACAGUAUGAUCAAAUGUGCCAAAAACAAGCAAACAAAACUUAAUUCCUGAGAAGUAUGCCUUAUUUUUAUUGAUCUGCUUUGUCUUACAAGGUCCAAGAGCUUGGUUAAACUGUAUUUUGCCUAAGUAUAAAAGAAAACUUGAACUGCAUUGCAAUAUUGACGUUCUUUAAAAUGAGAGACACUGUCAAGUAAUUUAAUCCAGAGAUCAGCCACCAGAUUUGAAAUGCUUAUGUAUGUGUGUGUGUUUGGAGUUGUUUUUUUCUUUUAAAUCACCAAAUUUUUUUUAAGCUACUUUUUAUUUGUGCCUCCUAUUUAUCAUGCUGAUGUUAGAAGCAGCAGUCAUCCAGCCACAGAGGGAGCUAAAGUUAACUAACCAGAACUGUAGAAAUCAUUAUACAUGCCUUUGACAACAAAGGAAGUUCAUAAGAAAAGCCAUGUCGGCUUUUCUUCUACUAGAUACAGAUUGAAGGUAGAUGAAUAUUUGCCAAAUGGAAAAAAAGACCAUGCUAGUCAGAAAAGACAAACUGUUUUCCAGCUUCUCAAAAAGCCAUGGAGAGUAGAAACCAAAACCAACAGGGAAAUAAAAAACCUUGAAAGUCUCACUUUCUAGUUGUCCCAUGCAGGGGUUGAAAUUUGAUUCAAAGUGGAAAGUAUUUAUGUUUUUUCAGGCCUUCACAUCUAGAGAGAUGGAUAACUUCCAAUUUGAUUUUUCAGGUAAUAGAGAAAGCUGCUAGUAAUUUUAACCCCUGCCUAAAGAAGACAGAUAUUUCAUUUGGGAGCAAAUACUUAUUGCCUUGAAAAGUAGCACUGUAAUAGCCUAUGAUAAUUAGUUGUAGAAUAACCUUUAUCCCUUUCAAACUAUGCAAAUUAUUAAGUAAGUGUAAAUUAGGAUUCAAUUAAAGAUAGUUGAUUAUAUUGCAAUCAGAUGGCAUUCACAAACUUAACUGGAGCAUAUACAAAUAUAUUAGUCUAAGUUUUGUAUGCUAACAGAAAGAUAUAAUUUAGCUACCUAUUCUAAAAAUGGUGAAUAUUAUUAAUAUUGUAUAAUAGGAGUGGGAAGACUGCCUCCUUUUUUGAAGAGAGAUUAAGGAUUUUUAUAAUUGUUUUUCAUCAAAUUUUAAUAUUUUUGUCAAAUUUUUAGGUAUUUAAUUUGUAAAACAGUUUGCUUUGUACUGGCAUACAGAAAAUAGGGUAUUGAUUUUAAACUUUUUGAAGCCAAGUGAUCAAGUACAUUUGUAAUAAAAGUCAAUGGAUCUAUAUCAGUUGUACUCACUGUUUUCAUUUCUUAUUAAUAUAGGGAUGCUGUACUUUUUCUUCAGGAAAACUGAAUUACAUUUGGGUGGAAGGGAGGGGGAAAAGAUAAAUCCGUUGAUAAUGAGAAUCUGGGUGGGUAUCAUGGCCCAAGCACUUUAUAUCAUUUUUUAAGUCAGUUAAGAUUUGAUAUAUUUUAAAAGAUACUACGUCAACUUUUUUCUUCCUAUUUUCUUAUGUAACUUGACGUUUGGGGGGAUUAUCUCAUUCAUUUUUGUUUGUGUGCUUUUAACAUUUUGUGUUUUGGCCCUGUUGAAACUUUCUAAACACAUUUUUCUUUUAUGACAUUUUGGGUUAUCUGCUAGACCUGGCGACCCCACUGUAUGGGCCUGAUUAUUUUUAUCUUCCACACAUGGUUCACCUUCUUGUCUACAAUAUUCCCACUCAUUUAAAUUUAAGGUUAUAUAUACACACACACAUUUCCAGAUAAUUUUAGAAUGGGGCUAUCUGAAAUUGAUGCUCUAGUAGCUUUCGUAGCUCCACAAUUCAUUUUAUUUUACAUGUGAACAUAAUUUUAAGAUUUUCUUCGCCAUAAAAAGUGAGAUACCAAGUCUAAUGAUUUUUUUCCCUUUUUAAAAUAUUUUGAGUAUCAGAAUGAGAUCUUGCUAUCUACGUAAAAGGAUGCUAAAACAAGGGCAUCUUCGCCAUAAAAAGUGAGAUACCAAGUCUAAUGACUUUUUUCCCUUUUUAAAAUCUUUUGAGUAUCAGAAUGAGAUCUUGCUAUCUACGUAAAAGGAUGCUAAAACAAGGGCAUCUGUAGCAACUUAGGUUUGGAAUAGUUGGUGAUGACUCUGAGUAUGACAUUUAUAGUUUAUUAUCCCUAAAUUUGAAUAUCUUCAUAAUUUGGAGAGAUGUAUACACACACAUACACAUAUAUGUAUAUAUACAUUGUGUGUGUGUAUAUGUAUAUAGAUAUACACAUCUCCUUGAGAGUGGAAUAAGGAGGAGAGAUAAUUUAUUGGAAUUGCUUACAUAGAUAAAUUCACCAAAGUUAUUUGUGUAGAUUUGUUAAAGUGUAUCAAUUUUUAAAUCACAAUAUUUCUGUUUUCUUCAUUGCAUGUUAACCAAAUUUUGGCCAUUCAUAAGUAUGCUAUAAAACUAAAGUAAUCACUGCUAUUCACGAAUUAUUAUAGAAUCUUCUUUGCAGAUUUUGUGAUAUAUUUUUUAAGAAAAGCUGAUUUUAAUAUUAAUAUUUAAGAAGUUAUUUGAUCAUAAAACAAAACCUAAAUUUAAGGUAUAGGCCAUUUGACAUGUCCUUUUGGAACAGAAAUUUCAUUACAGGCUAAGUGAAAAUAAGCCAGAAUUAGCAGGAGUCAGGUAGAAUUUCAUGAUACAAGAACAACCAGAUGAAAAAAGAAAUAAUGAUUGGUUCCAAGCCAAUGAAUCUGCUAAGCUAACUACCAAGUUUUGAUGUUGAAUGGUCCAGGCAAUUUAUGUCUUUAGGAAAGCUGAGUACGGCAAAGGUCACUUGUUAACGUUUUUCUUAACAAGAGUGUCAUAACUACUCAUUCAUUUUUAUUUUGUCCCCACGUUUGGUAUUUGUUUUGUUUUGUGUUUUUCCUUCCUGAUGUCCUUUGCUUUUGUGGAAAAUUGUCCUGUUGAUAGGCAGAAACAUGGUGGUGAUCCUCUAUGUAAAAUAUAGUUGCUUCUUACACAUCAGAAGUAUUUCACUCAUUUUGGAAUCACAAGAUUUUCAUGUUUUCAUAAAUACAUUGUUUUGAUAAUUAUUAGCAAUUAGCUUAUUUUGUAGCAUUAAAUGGAAGAAUUUUUAAGCUAAAGAGUUUAAUUUUCUUGAUUUUGGUUCCACUUUAAUGAUUCAAGAGGCCUCCAAGUUCAAGGACCAAGUCCUUAUAUUCUAGAAUUGUGAAAAACAUGGAAAUACUCUUGUUAGUGUGUGUUUUGGUCUAAGGUAGAUUAUUAACACAGAAGGAUCCUAGGAGGAUUUAAGAAAAUAUGUCCUUAUCGUGAAGUGGCAGUUAAAGUUAUGGGACAGGUGAAUUACCUAUUCAUCUUGACUAGCUCAAACAAUGAUAGCCAUCAGCUAAUGACUUAUCAGACACAUGUUGAGUUUGGGUCAAACUCCCAUUCAGCUGGAGUGGAUUGGCAAUUUUCAGUGCAGGUAGUUGUUGGUGGUACUUGACCUACCUCCUUACCAUGUACAUCUGGCAUCUUCUCUCUCCUAUCUGUUUUCUUUGUUUCUCUCUCCACUUUUAUUCUUGCUGUAGGCCUACCAGUGGCACUCAAGCUUACUUCUUCAGAGAGAAGUAAAGAAAUUUCUGACUCCUGCCUUAGAACAUAGCUAACUGAUGAUCCAGAACAAUUUCAGUAUUAUGGGAUAAUUGGGCAGUGUUUUUCCGAUUGCUAUUUUCCCCAUAGUCUUAAGCUGGCAGUUUGAAGGUAUCUAAAUUAAUGUUAAGAAACUUGUGAACUGAAGAGAGUAAGAAGUAUGUGUAUUUUAGGUAAGUUACUGGGAACUGAGACUUAUUGGUUUGGAGAUUGGAGAGUAGGACGAGGAGAGCUGUUUACUGUGUUCGUGGAUGGGGGUUUGAGAGGUAUAUAGCGAAUGGUUUGGAAGUAAAAUGAGAGGAAUUUUUACUAGAGGUAGGAAAAGGUACUAUGAUGGAGUCUGAAUGAGAGUUCUUUGCUAAGGAAAUGAAGUUGAUCUUCACUAAGGAAGUUUCAGUAAAGCCAGAGAAAAUGGGUCCCUCAUUGAUUAUGAGAAAGCUGUUAGUUACUAUAGCUAGAGUUAUGAUAAUGAUGAUGCAUUAUACAAGUCUGUUUUCAUGUAUAGAUGUCUGCUUUUCUGGGACAAAUUUGUAGCACAAUUGUGGAAUGACAGCUUUUCUGGUCAAGGCAAUUGGAUGCUGGGGAGUUAUUAUUUUGAGGAAAAGAAAAGAAAAUUAAGAAAAUUUCAAGCUUUUCACCGUUAUUCUUUUUAAACUAUCAGAAAUAUUUAUCACACAUACUAUCUAUUUUCUUGGGCUCUUGUUACAAUGUAGUUUACCUUUACUUUUCAGAUGGUCCUUAGAUCAAAUUAUUUGAUUUUGUACUCCACAAAGACACAUAUUAUUCCUUGCUUUUAUAGAACUUUGAGACUUUGGCCCACACAAAUUUCUUAGAAGAAGGCAAUAAACCAGGUAAAAACACUAACUUGCAAUUUUAGGUCUCUUUUUUAUUUCUUUUACAUUUGCAACCAUAGCAACCAUUUAACCUUGUAGACCUUAUGAGGCCCUCAAUGAUACUGUAUUUCUAAAAUUAGACAACAUACUCCCCAAACUCAUGUUUCUGUUUCCCCACUUUCUCUCUUACUUUAAAAUUGUAGUAUUCCCAAGAGUUCAGUGGUGGCAAAUGUUAAUAGAAUAAGUUAGUACAUUUUGGAGGUUCUUAUAUCCUUUGUAGGGUAAGCUGAUAGUGUUUAGAUUUCUGUUCCCAUUAUUCCAGUAGUGUUUUAAAUUAUUUAAGAUAAAUAAUUACUGUAAUGUUUGUUUUUAAGUUACAUAAUUCAAGUAUGUUUGGAUUAACUCUUUGUUGUCAAAUUUAGUAUAGAUUUAUUCGUGGUGAUUUGGACAGAUUACUUUGAAGUUUCAUUUUACUCACAUCUCUAUAUAUUAGUGAUAAAAAUCUUUUAAAAAUAGCAAAAAAAUGGUUCUGAUUUUGUACUUUGAAGGUAAUUUUUCUUUUUUACGAAUGUCAAGUUCAUUAACAAUAGCAGGAUUAUUUUUACUAUAGCUUAUUUUGUAGAGUUGGCACUUUAGUAUAAUUUUCACAUUUUAUUGUAUGAGAUUUUAAAUUAUAAUAGUUAUAUGCUAUAACUCAUUUAAGUCAAUGCAGAGCCUUCUUAAAUAGCCCCUCCCUUAGAAAUUUGUUUAAAAAGAAGUGAAUUCCCAAACCUGUGGCAAGAACUAGUGAUUUAAAUGACUGUGAGACAAGUCCUUGAAAGGCUUCCUUAAGUCUAGUCAGUGGAGAUAAAUGAUAGCCCAUUUCCAUGCUGCAUAUAGUUGUUAGGGUUUAUAAAGUUGUCAAUGUGUAAAAGUGCAAAAGCAGGAAAGACUAAAGUUGCCUGUAAAAUUUCUAGUUUUCAUUAUUUGCACUAUUUAUCUUUGCACUUGAUUUUUUGAAAGUUAAGGCUAGUCACUUUCACUUUUGUUUCUAGUCUUUUCUAAUUUCUUGCAGAAUUAUGUUUUCAAUAUCCCACCCAAAGCAAAAAUUAUAUGCAAUUAAAAAUACUUUAUAAGGCGAAGAAAAUAUUUCUUAAUGUUAGCUGUAUAAAACAAAAAUUUGUUCUGAUAAAAUUUUUAAUAUGGGCCUUUAUUUGCCAAUAAAAUCCUUUGUAAAUGUGAGCUUUAUUAAACUGUUUAAAUAGACAAAGUUAAAGCUUAGGAUAGGAAAUAUAUAUGUAUGUGUAUAUGAAAUGAUGUCGUCGAGUUUUAACUUCCAGCCUGAGAUGGCCUGGAUUUGGUGUGUUAGUUUGUUUCACUGAAGUCAGUGAGAUAGGAGUCUAGCUGGGUACAUGCUUAAAAAGCUGGAAGUGAAGUGGGUGGCAACUGGCAGCUCCUUCUUUCAUGUAGUUUUCCAUAAUGUUCAUAUAGUUUCCUUAUGGUCUAAGUAUUAUAACUGGUUUUCAAGUUGUUAUAUUGAAUAUUCCUUUUUGGAAUUCAGGGUUGAAUCACUUUGAAGGGGAAGGGGAAGCAAGGGCAAGAGACUUUAUUUUAACCAGGUGCGGUCUUAUGACCUCAAAGAUGUGCUCUAGAAAGAAAAUAACAAAAAGUGUACCUGUGAACGUAUUUUUUGUCUCAGUGAUAUUAUGCAACACAGUGUUCAGAAUUGCAAAAAAAUUUAAAAAUUGAUAGUUUUAUCAAUGGAACAGAGAGAUGUGUUUUUGGCUAAAAUUAUUUUUUGUAAGUUAUUUGGUUAUUUCAUUUUAUAUUCCCUUUCUCAUAGCUUUGUACACACCUCAUACUUAAAACCAAGCAAGAGGCCUCUUUUCAGAUCUGGUUUAUUUUUGGAAUGCCUGAGUGUGUUUCCGGAUUGGGGGGGUGUGGUGUUUUACUUUUUGACAUGCUCUUAGCAUGUUUUGCUAGUCAUUCUGGAUCUUAUGUUUGCAAAUUCUGUUGAACAUUCAGUGAUGUAUUUGAAAUGAGAAAGUCCUCUAUAACAUAGUGUGAAUGUUUGUGGCCAAUUCAAUUGUGGAAUCUUCUGGCUUUGUUUUUACUUUGGGUAGAAGUUUAACUUCCAUUGUUCAGAUUUUAGGUUUAUCUAGUGAAAUUGUGGCAGGUAGUUGUCUAAAUAUGGACCAAUUUUGGGAAAUGAAGGUUAAUAAGUGUAUAUUUGAUUCUAGAUAAUCCUUUACUCAAAAUCAUGCAUUAAAGAUUCACAUCAUUAAGAGUUAUCUAACUUUUAUCUUGUCAGAUCUUUAAAUGUGGAUGAUAUUCAGCAUUCUAUCUAUGAAUUUCCUUUAGGAAAAGAGAAAAAUUGAGUCUCCAAACCUUUUCUUGGAGACAAAAUUUACCACAUAUCGAAAAUGAAAAAAAUUUAGAAAGCGAUUUGAUUAUUUUUUAAUGGAGUUUAACCAGCUUAAUGAUUUUUCCCAGUUUGAAGCACUUAUUUUCCCAAUGUGAAUAAAGGGAAAAGAUCAGCAAUUUGUCCCUGGCCUUUUUCGAGGCCAUUUUUAGUUUUCUGCCCCCAUUUCCCAGUCCUGGUAUAAAAUGAAUUACGGGUAUCCCUCUAAGUCCCUAUAACCCUUUUUGGGGGUCACAGAUACCUUUGAUAAUCUGAUGAAAGUGUGAUGGAUCCUCUACCCAGGAAAAAAAAAUGCACAUACCUGGAUAAUUCUGCAUACAACCUCAGGGGCAUCACACAUCUUCUGAAACCCAAGUUAAAGAUCUCUGCUCUAAGUAAAUUGUAGAGAAUUUUAGUGCAAAUUGUUGAUAAAAUUAGGAACCAACUAUUGGCUUAAAACCUUUCAUAUUGGAAUUAUUGUUAGAUGGUGGCCCCUACUAGCAAAAUGUGACAUUGCAACCAGCUUCAUUAGACAUUAUAACAUCCAGAGAGAAGGGAAAAUAGCAAAGUUCUGAAAGCUAUUUAUAAGGAGUCAGGGCAUCUCUAGACAUGGGAGCCAUUCCUGGUUCAAGGCAGGGGUCAGGGUGCCUGACAAUUUCUGGCAGGGUAGAGUUUGAUAAACCACAAUGCUCAGGAUGCCAAGGGGUUAGCCAUUUUCUUAACCCCUUCCUCACCAAAAGAUUUUAGUUUUGUCUGUUGGGAAACAAGAUGUCACUAGGGAAAAAAAGAUUUGCCUUACAACUUUGCUGGAACACAUCAGUUUGGUGACGUUGGGACACUAGUGUUAUUUUUGAGAAGGCGCAUAAAACCAAAGUAAAUUAUUCUCUAUGUAGAACAUUUAUUUACUAGUAACAUUUGUUUGGGUGUAUUCGCUUUGACAAUUUUUACCAGUAAAUAUUGGUUUUAUUUAAAACUGGGAAUCCAGUUGAUAUAUAGGAUAGUUGAUAUAUCUGUUCUUUCCCCCCAUGUAAAGCAUAGUUAAAAGAUUUAUGCAUACUUUUUACUUUUCUCUCUUAAUGCCAUGGGGUGGGGAGGGUGGGUGGGGGAAAGAUUUUUGAGUCUACAACUGACGAAAUGUCUUCUUCAAAUUAAAAAAAUUGAGAAGCAGCACUUUAAGUCUAACUUUACACCAUUUUAUUGCAUGUAUUAGUUUUAAUAAUGAUUUUUGGUGCAUGCCUUUGGGCUUAUUCAAAAGUGUACAAUAGGAAAGUAUAUUUCCUUUCUUAGAAAGGAGAUGUUUUCUACUUUGCAACAUGUGAUUACAAAAAUCUUCCUCUGUGGGAAGAUUAACCAUGUAUUGAACUACUGAAAAGUAUAUAUUUUUAGAUAUACAGAAAGAAUCUACAUGGAGCAGCAUUCAGACCUAUAUAGAAGUCAUAGCAUUCUGUGUAGGACCAAAAAGGAAAUAACAUUAAACACUUAAACAGACUUUGUUGGGUAGAAAUACCUUUAGAUCUUGCAUUUACUUCCAAAAAGAAAAAAUGCCACAGAAGUUUGCUGAAAACUUUUGUCAUUUGAAUUUUCUCUGUCAGUGUAUUUAGCCCAAAUACAACAGCUUUGGGUUAGCACACACAUAAGAAUCAAAAAAACAAAGCUCACUAAAUAAAUCAGUCUGGUUUGCCAAUCCAGCUUGACUGAAAUAAGUAAACCAAUCACUUGCAACAUGGAAAACUGUCCAACUCCUCUAAGGUUCUGACAAAAUAACCUUGGCUGAUGUGGGAAGAAUCCCACUUCGAUUUCUGACCUGACAGUGAAGAUUCAUGCUUGACAUGAUUUCAGACUUGACAAUGUCUGUUUAAGGAGCUAUGGUACAGUUUGCUAAUUCAAUCCCAGAUACCUGUUGAUUACCUGUGAGAUCUAGAGUCCAAAGUAGCCAGCAGCCAUAUCCCUGAGUGCUCUGUGCCCAUCAGAUAUCUUAAAGUAAGCAGGGUUGGGACAGGUCACAGCUUGGAUGAUUGACCUCAGGUGCCGUAGACAGCCCCAGAUUCAAGAAUUGUAUCUGCUUUCUUGACAGUCGUCACUGAACUAAUGUCCCAUACUGUGUUACUUACUGUAGAUGCUCUUUUAGAGGAGGCCCAGAGCACACAUCCUAAUCGCUAGCGGUACUCAGAGAGGGGGUGCUAACUCUGAUGCCCUGGCCAAAUUCCAGUUUAGGGAUGUGGGUCUUCUUCUUGUCAUUCUAAUUGGAAAUGUGCAUCACUUCCCAUUUUUCUUACUGAUCUCAGUGCAAACUACACUAGUCUGUUUCUUUGCCCUGGUCUCAAGUCUCUAAGAUGCUGGUGUGUAUUAUAUGGGCUAAGUUCAUGUGUUAUCCUAAGGCACAAGAGUUGAGGAAUGGGUGAGCUUGGUGUCAGAGCACUGUGUGGUUGGAGGGUGGACUCUUGUGAUGCUGUGGGGAUGAAAUUGGCCCUCUUUUAGCGUAAGUUGGGGAGUGUGCACUGGCUGGAGGCUUCCAGAGGCUUCCAGCCAUGAGAUGUGAGCUGAAACCAAUUUUUCCUCUUUCCUUAUAGCAUGUUGAGAAAUCUGUUGGGUUUUCAGCAGUCAGGGAAGGCCGGAGUUCUGCUUUAAUCUGGGUAACUGAGGCUAAUGUGAGCAAGACUUUGGUUAAUUAACUGGGUUCUCAGAUGCCACAGACUCCGUGAGAAGUCACCAUUAUUUUCAAUGGUUGUGAUAGAAUUUCCCCCAGUAGCCAUUAUUUUAAGAUUAUAUUGCAGAGUUGCUUUAUUUUGAGCUUUUCGUGUAUACACAAUCCCAAACUGGAAGAAAUUUUAAAAAAAGGAAUCCUGCUGUGAAAGGUAUAUAUUACUCUAGAUUUUUCUUACUGUAAAUAUUGUAAGAUUGUAAUACUGUCGAUAUUUUAUUAACCAACAAAUGUUAAUCUAUGUGAAAUCAGACUUAUUUUAAAUGUGCUUCUUAUUUACUGUGUGUGGUCCCUGUUGCUGACAGUAUUAAGUUAUAUUCUGAUGUAAGAUUAACUUUAUUAAAGAAUGUAAACAUUAAUGUUUCCUUAUGGGAAAACAAAUAAAGUAUAAAGAAGACAAUUCUUUUCAUUGAAAUAUACUGUGUAUUUACACUUGCUAGACCCAGCACCACUUAUAAAUUUAGUACACUGUUCAGAAUUUUAGUUAACACAGCUGACAUGGUUGUGCUUUGUUUGAAAGUCUAAGAAUAGGUAUUGUUGGAAUAUACAGUUUGUAUUUGUCUGCUGUGAAUCAUAAUCUUGAAAUUUCUAAUCAAGUUUGUAAAAUUUUUAUAGUGAAACAUUUUAAUGACAAUUUAAAAAUUUAUCUUCUCUAAAGAAUGGUCAAAACAAUAUCCUUUCAGAAAUAGAAUUGUUCUUUAAUAUCUUUCCAAAAUGACUUUGGUUAAAUGGACCAGAUGUAUAUUAGUUAAAAUUUAGGACUAAGUUGUUGAUAUUCUUUGAGUUUACAAGUUAAUCCUUAUUGGAGAUGUGCCAAUAUACAGUUAGAAUAUCAUUAAUUUGCACUGUUUGGGGACCCCAUUUAAGAAUGCUGAAUUUUGCCAACUAAGAAGUAAGCAAAUGCAAUUUAAAAAGUAAAUUUGAGCAUUCUGUAUUAAAUAUGUGCAGUUAUUAUCACAUGAAGAAACGCAGUGUGUCGGGCUGUAAUAUUACCAUAUUUGCUGUCAUGUUCUCCCAUCUCAGUGCUGGGAACUCACCAUGUGGAAACCAAGCAAAUGUGUUGUGCAUCAGCCGGCUUGAGUUUGUUCAAUAUCAAAGCUGAAAACUAGCGAGGUCUGCUGUACUGCUUAUUGAAGUAUUGUGAUUAUUUUAGGCAUUGAUUCUUACAAAAUAUAUACUGUAACAGUAUACUUUGUACAGAUUUAAAUUUUAUUUGAAAAAAUGAAAUAAAGUAGGCAAAAAAAUAAAGAUGUUUAUUUUUCAUGUGA